CUUGCGUUCUCAUUUAAGGCACAAAGUCCUGCGGGAAGGUGCCAGAGCUGUCGUAACGCUCGUGCUGAUGCUUCUGUAGAAAUGAGAUGUGUUUCAGAGCCAAUCUGAUGUUGUGAAGAGGUCCGAGGAUUACUAACCGCGCGUCACGCACAUGCAGUGUCGAAUAAACAUGCGAUUUACGCUUUGAGUAGCAGCAAAUAAAACAUCGCCUCCGGAAAGGUCAUCGUGAUCCGUCAAUGAGAUUUCUGUUAUAAUACAUAGAUAUAUAUUUGUGAGCUGAUUUCGGAGGAGUGAGGGCGCAUCUGACGUCGAAGAAAUUUAAUUGCGUGGAGAUUUUGGAUACUGUUGCAUACUCUCGUUUCUUUUACAAGGAGCAGUUUCUCUGAGAGUGACAGCGCUCUUUGGAUUGAGGACUUAAACACUGGGGCUGAUGGCGGCUUCCUCCUCCUCUUCCUCCCCCUCCUCUGGCGGCGAUCCGGAUCCCAACUCGACAAAUUUACGGCCACCCUCCUCAAACUAUGACUGGAGUGGAGUCGCUCAUGGAUGUACGAGGAAACUUGGAAUGAAGAUAUGCGGAUUUUUGCAGAAGAACAAUAAUGUUGACGACAAGAGCCGAAUUGUCGGGGUUUUUAACGAUCAGCAGCCCAAGAGCAUUUUAACACGGGACAACGAGCGAGACCCUCGCUUCAGACGCACAGAGACAGACUUCUCCAAUCUAUAUGCAAGAGAUCUACUUCCUGCUAAAAAUGGUGAGGAGUAUACAAUGCAGUUCCUGUUGGAGGUGGUGGACAUCCUCACUAACUAUGUGCGCAAGACCUUCGACAGAUCCACAAAAGUGCUGGAUUUCCAUCAUCCGCACCAGCUGCUGGAGGGGAUGGAGGGCUUCAACUUAGAGCUGUGUGAUCAGCCGGAGAGUCUGGAGCAGAUCCUGGUGGACUGCAGGGAUACGCUCAAAUACGGCAUCCGCACAGGUCACCCAAGGUUUUUUAACCAGCUGUCUUCAGGUCUAGACAUCAUUGGUUUAGCUGGAGAGUGGCUGACCUCUACUGCCAACACUAACAUGUUCACAUAUGAGAUUGCACCGGUGUUUGUACUGAUGGAACAGCUCACCCUGAAGAAAAUGCGAGAGAUCAUUGGCUGGCCAAAUGGAGAGGGCGAUGGCAUUUUCUCACCAGGAGGAGCAAUCUCAAACAUGUACAGCGUGAUGGUGGCAAGGUAUAAACACUACCCUGAGGUUAAAAUCAAAGGCAUGGCAGCUGCUCCCAGACUGGUGCUGUUCACCUCUGAACAUAGUCACUACUCUAUAAAGAAGGCGAGUGCAGUGCUGGGUUUCGGCACAGAGAAUCUGAUCUUGCUGAAGACGGAUGAGAGAGGUAGAGUGAUUCCGGCUGAUCUGGAGGCCAAAGUCAUUGAUGCCAAACAGAAGGGGUUUGUGCCAAUGUUUGUGAAUGCUACAGCUGGAUCUACAGUGUAUGGAGCCUUUGAUCCAAUCAAUGAGAUCGCUGACAUCUGUGAGAAAUACAACAUUUGGCUUCACGUGGAUGGAGCAUGGGGUGGAGGUUUGCUGAUGUCUAGAAAACACAGACACAAGCUGAAUGGCGUAGAGAGAGCAAACUCUGUCACAUGGAACCCACACAAGAUGAUGGGCGUUCCACUACAGUGCUCCGCCAUUCUGGUGCGAGAGAAGGGUCUUCUUCAGGGCUGUAACUCCAUGUGUGCAGGAUAUCUCUUUCAGCCGGAUAAACAGUAUGAUGUCACCUAUGACACAGGGGACAAGGCCAUACAGUGUGGCCGCCAUGUAGAUAUCUUCAAAUUCUGGCUCAUGUGGAAGUCCAAGGGCACUAUAGGCUUUGAGAAGCACAUUGACAGAUGUCUGGAGCUGUCUGAGUAUCUCUACCACAAGAUAAAGAACCGAGAAGGAUAUGAGAUGGUGUUUCAAGGGGAGCCCCAACACACCAAUGUGUGUUUCUGGUACAUUCCUCCAAGCCUGCGGCUUUUGCCAGAUGGAGAGGAGAAAAGACAACGACUUCAUAAGGUUGCCCCCAAGAUCAAGGCAAUGAUGAUGGAGUGUGGAACAACAAUGGUGGGCUACCAGCCUCAAGGCGAUAAGGUCAACUUCUUCAGAAUGGUUGUUUCUAAUUCGGCUGUAACCAGGUCUGACAUUGACUUCCUGAUCGAUGAGAUAGAAAGACUGGGACAGGAUUUAUAGAGUGCACAGGGCUGGAAAUUCAGUAGAUGUUAGUAAAUUCUGUAGAAAUAUAGGAAAUGGAGAAGACAUUUUGAAGUAUUGUAUCAGCUGGACAUUCCAGAGUAUUAGACCAAUGAGGUACUCUAGAAUAAUGAACCUCUCGGAUUUCUAGAAUGUUCCACUAGGAAACUGGACAUUCCAGAAUGCAGAGGUGGUGAGCUCUUAAAGCUAUAAUUUCAUAAUGAAGGAUCAGAUUUCCUCCUAUGACAUUAUAUGUCCUCUCCUCUUCCCUUCCCCCUGUUCUCGUGUCUCCUGUCUAUUGUGUUCUUUCUAUUGUAACGCUUUACAAUAAGGUUCCAUUUCUGGUUAACUACAUUUGUUAACAUGAACUGACAUUGAGAAAUACUUAAUGCAUAUUUUAAUCUUACUUUGUUAUUUUUAAUAUUUACUAAUACAUCUAAAAUUAUUUAAUGGACCUGACCUAACUUGAAUUAGCAAUAAACAGUUGUAUUAUUAUGAACUAAUGUUAACAAAGGUUAAUGAAUACUGUUAUAUUAUAACAGUAUAUUAUAUGUUAUAUUAAUAAAUACUACAAAUACAUGUAUUUUGCUCAUUGAUCAUUAAUGUCAAAUACUUGAUCCGGAUUGGCUGAAGAAUGUUUUAGAGUGUGCAGUUUAUUUCAUUGAAACGCACAGCUAAAAUGGUUCCAAGCAGGUCUUGACGGUAUUUCAUGUCCAUAUCACUUUGCCAAAUGAUUUCAAAAGUCCUUACAGCCAACAACAGCAAAAUUACAAAAUCACACAACAACACUGACCAAACAAAUAAAUAUAUUAAACAGUAAGAUAAAAAUGACAAACUAUUUACAUGUUUCUCCCACGCUGAAAACUGAAAAGGUGCAUGACAUAUCUCAGUAGUGAGAUGGUAGCAUUGCUGUUCUUGAAGCAGUUAAACUUACAGUUCUUACAUCACCACCUUGGGUGUGCAUUAUUUUCUAAUAAUUCAACUGUCCAUUUUCAGUUAUUCAAUAUUCAAUGCAUUGACUCAUGUUAAAUAAUGAAACCUUGUUGUAGAGUGUUACCCUUUAUUUUAACAGGAAAUAUCAUACUGUACAGCACAACUGUACAUUUAAGAAAUGUUCAUGGUUCAGUUCAAGUUAAGCUCUAUGACAGUGUCUGUGAUAAAAACAAUUUGUCCCUUUCUAGAAACAAAAAUUGUGCUUACAGUAUUGCUCUCUCAGUGGAAAUUUAACAGGCAAGGCAUUGGAGUAGCAAUACCUCACUGUAUUAAAGUCACAAUUACGAUAGAGAAACCUGCAGGUCAAAUAUCAUAAGAUAAGCACUUUAUCAAAAAAAGUAAGAGACUGACUUUUUUUGUUUUUCCCCACAGACAUCCACUGUAAAUGCAUUAAUUUAAACACAAUAUUUUUGUACAGACUGAAGGACAUAGAGCAUAACUUUUCAACUGUGAACAUUUCCUUUAAAAUCCAGAACUGGUUUGAAUUCUCAAUAAAAAAGUUUAAGAAUAUACUGUAAUAUACCACCAUCUAAGAGCCAUCUGUGUGAUUGCACAAAUGCAUAACUUCUUAGCUGUUAUGUCAUGAAGAUUAACUGAAGUGUGUACCAUUUUAACAAGUACUGUAUUGACACGCUGUGUUUUUAGAAUUUAUGACUCUUUGUGUAAAUUGUGAUUGUUUGUGAAAAACGUAUAUCACAUAGUUUUACAGUAAGAAAUGUUUGAAUAGUGGUAAAGAUAUUAUUCCUCUAUUUGUAUUUUAAUUUGUAUUUUGAGAGACAGUAUUUACCUAUAUUGUUUAAACCAGUGCAUAAGAGAUUUUAAUUAAUUUAUUAACCAAAGACAUAGAACAAAGAUGAAAUUUCAUUGUCAGUCUACAUACUUGUAAAACUCUGCUACAUUAUAUGGCCAGAAGUAUGUGAACAUCUCAUUCUAAUUAAUGGAUUUUGCUAUUCCAGUAACUCCAGUAAAGACAAAUUUCAAUGCCACACCAUAAUGCCCAUCUAGAGAAGCAGUGGUGCCCAAAACAGGGUCCAUAUAUGGUUUACUAAGUCUGAUGGGGAAGACUUUGACAGUCCUGCACAAAGCCCAGACAUGAACCCCACUAAAAACAACUUUUCCAGACACCCUCAUCCAACAUCAGUGCCUUUGGCCAUAUAGUGUAUAGUGUAUCUAACUUAGUUUAAGAAAUGAAUGUCUAUCUUAAGAUAUCAAUAUAACAGAGCAUUUUCUAACCAUAGUGCAAUGAAUGCUGUACCUGAGAUUUAGUCAAUAGUAUUCAUGAAUUAAUAUAAAAAAGAACUUUAAAAAGGAAAGAAAAAAAUCUAAAAUAAAGUCUCUUAACUUUUGUUAAGAGAAAAGCACAGCGACGUCGCAGCGAUGAUCCUCCAGAAAGGGAAAUGUAUUUUAUUAGCAGCUAUAUAGUAUUAGUAAUUGAGUUUAAUUUCUUCAAUAUAGACCAAACACAAUUUCACAUUCCUAAAUCAACAAACUAUGCUAAUAUUUUGUGUACGCUUUGCUUCAGUCUGCACAGUAGAUGUAAAGCUAAUGAUCUCUAGCUUGAAGUGCCUGAGUGUUUGCUAACUAAAAAAUGAUGUGCAUUUUAACUGGCUUGCAGUAUGUGCAAUAUUACUG